AUUUUUUUACAUGUACAAACGCAUAUUUAUUCUUACCGGUAUAUGAUUUCAAGAGGAACGCUAAACAUUCCUCUGACACUUCAUUAUCUAAAAUGGCUAAAUCACCAGUUGAAAUGAAUACACUUUGUACUAGUAGCCUAAUCUUUUAUUUGUUUGUUAAAAAAGGCAUCCAACACUUGAAAUUGUCUGCCAGUACAGAGACUUCAGGUUGAGAAUUCAACAAUCUCAUAGCUCACUCUUUAAAAAUAUCUGUUAAGCUCACCAGAGAACUGACCGUUCAACCUGCAGCAUUGCCUUUUUCUUAUCCUUUGUGAGAUUGGGUUCAGCUUUUUUAAUACACUGCUCAUUGGUUAUACUACACUGUGAAAGGUAGUAGGAACUGCAACCUGAAAACAACAACAACAAUGCUUGUUUAACAGAUUGAUCCCCAUGGAUAGUAAGCUCCUCUACUGUUUAAGGCACACACUGGAGAAAUACAAGUUUCCACUUGAUUUUAUCCGCUUGGUGGGAAGUUUGCCAUAUUUGACGUGUACAUACAUCCUUUUUUGCAAACUACUCAAACUCUUUCAAUUUUUAGAUAACUUUUGAACUCCGUUUGUAAAGAUACCUAUUAAAUGUUUCCUUGCUUACACAAAAGUAGUCUGGCUGUUGUGGGCAAAUCUCCUGUAGCCAAUAGUCUUAUUAAAGGGGUGGUUCACCUUCAGAACAUAGUCUAAAUUUGAAUGGCCCCAGUCAGAAGAAACAUUUUUGUAAUUUAUCUUUAUUAUUUCCCCAGUCACCAUGGCCAGCAUUCACCACAUGGGUUAAUUCUCCCUGCUGGCCAGCGAACAGGACCUCCCCCUAAUAGUUCAAAGUUCUGCUUCCUCCUCUCCCCUUCGUCUUUUUUGUCCUGUCCGGGCCAGGGAGAGGAGAAGAGAAAUGAAGAUUUUCUUACAAAUUCAAGAAGAGCCCAAAGAGCUCCCCAGGUUUGGGGUUAGCAUGGGGUACUUACAAGAGCGGGACCCUCCUCCCGCUUGCGGGUCAGGAAGGGGGCCUGAGCAGCGUGGCAGGCUGGAACCGCUGAAGUACAGGAGCAUGGCUAGGUCCUCCCGCUUGUCGGGUCAGGCGAGGCUGAAGCUCGGGGAGACGGCGGCAGGGUAAGUGCAGUGAAGCCGCUCCGUCCGGAGCAAGUGCGGUUACUCUGGGGCGCAGCCGGAAGUGACGUGGCGGAAGUUGCCGGCCGGCCAUUUUGGUUAUGGGCAAGGAGCGCUUGAUACGCGCUUGAACAGUGUGAGGUGCUAGGAGCAGGGAAUUGGCGCCAAACAUAGGCGUUCAUACCUGUGGGCAGUAAUCACUUGGUUUUAUGCAGCAUGGGGGAACAAAAUGUUUUAAACAUCCAGAUUGCUGCUGCCUCUAUUUAAGGAUUUUAUCACUUCCUGUGGGGUGCCAUUUUCCAGUAGCAGUAUACUGAAAGGAUAGAGCACCUAUUACAGGUAUGUGUGGGGGCAUUCAGCUUGGAAAAAAUCUAGUUUUUACUAUGAUAGUAAGCUGAUUAAACUUGUCUGCUCUCUUCAUUAGUUGCCAAUGGAACCUGGUACGGGGAAAACUUCACACCCUAAGGGAAAGAGCCUUCCUGCCACAGAUGCUAGGAAAGACAAGUCUCCGGAUAAGUCGGCUGUGUCUGGUGAAAAACAGCAGGAAGCUGGACCUUCUUUGUCACAAGAAAACCAAUUGUUUGCGGAAUCCUUAGCUUCAGUCAUUAAGCAAGCAGUCAUUCAAGGAUUCCAGGAGGUGUCUGGCUCUAAAAAAAAAAGGCCAAGACAUCAUGCAAGACAUGUGGAGCCUAUAUCAGAUAUAUCUGAAGGGGAUCUGUCAGAUGACUCAGAUAUUCCGUCGCAAGAGGGAUCAGAGGAAGGAGAAAUUGAUUCGGAAGAAGAAUCUUCGUUUGAUCUUUCUAUAAUUGAUCCAUUGAUAAAAGCGGUAAGGCAGACCUUAACUUUUCCCACAGAAUCUACGAAGAUGUCAUCAGCGGAUAAGCUUUUCCCCUCUUCGAAGAAAAAAAUCUGUAUUUUUUCCGGUGCAUUCGUCAAUAAAGGAGAUUAUUGCAACGGAAUGGAAGAAAACAGAGAAAAGAGCGCAGACAGCAGGAAAGUUUAAAAAAAGUAUCCUUUUGAGGAGCAGGAGUCAAGAGCCUGGGACUCCCCUCCAAAAGUGGAUGCAGCGGUAGUAAGGCUGGCUAAGAAAACUAGUCUUCCAGUGGAUGAUGCGGCUGUGUUUAGAGAACCAAUGGAGAAGAAGAUGGAAUUUAACUUAAGGAAAGCAUUUGGAGCAGCAGGAGCAGCUUGUAAGCCGGCUGUGGCAUUAACGUCAGUAUCUAGAGCUUUGAAGGUAUGGUUGUCAGAUUUAGGUGAAGCAAUUUCAUCUAAUGUGAAGAGACCAAAGCUCCUGGAAAUGCUAUCAGAUUGUAAGAUGGCAACAGAAUUCGUCUCAGAAGCUUCAAUUGAUCUUGUUCAUUUUUCAGCUAGAUCUAUGGCUUUGUCAGUGGCAGCCAGAAGAGCGCUAUGGCUGAAGUCUUGGGCAGCCGAUACAGCAUCUAAGGCUAACUUAUGUCAGUUACCGUUUGAAGGAGUGAUGUUGUUUGGGGAGAAGCUGGAUGCUAUCAUCAAGAAAGUAUCAGGAGGCAAGAUUUUAUUUCUUCCUCAAGAGAAUCAGCCCAAGAAGGCUCGUUACGAUACUGGCUAUGGUAAAGCUAAGGAUAGAUCCUUCAGAACGGCCAGACAGUAUAAACCUGGUAGGGAAUUCUCCAGGCAGUCUUCGUGGAGAUCAGGUCGUGCAAGUUCUAGAGGAACAUCAAGAAGACCAGGAGUUUUUUCUUCCGCCCCUUCUACCUCCAGUCAGCAAUGAAGGUGGCAGGGCCCAGAACAUGGUCGGAGGCAGAUUAGCCGAAUUCCCUCAUGUCUGGGCCAGAACCGUUCAAGACGCAUGGGUACAGAAGGUUAUAGAAUCAGGGGUUGCCCUGGAAUUCAAGUCAGUACCCAGAAAAGAUUUUUUCAUAGAGUCCAAUUUAAAAGAAAAAUCAAAGAUGAAGAUUGUCCAAGAAUAUCUAAAGCAGUUAUUCGACUCAAAGGCAAUAGAGACUGUAAGUUCUCAGGAAAGAUUCAGAGGUUUCUAUUCGAGACUUUUUCUAGUAAAGAAGGUGUCGUUUGCAUGGAGACCAGUGCUAGAUAUGAGGAAUCUGAACAAAUUCCUGCAAACAAGGAAGUUCAAGAUGGAGUCCUUAACAUCCAUUAUGCAAGCAGUCUCAGUCGGAGAUUGGCUGACAAGCAUAGAUCUAAAGGAUGCUUAUUUCCAUGUUCCAAUUACUCAAGAACACAGAAGGUAUCUAAGGUUUUCAGUGAACGAUCAUCAUGUGCAGUUCAGAUGCCUACCGUUCGGUCUUUCUCAGUCCCCAAGAGAGUUUACAAAAAUUUUGGUGACGCUCAUAUCGGAAUUAAGGAAAGAGGGGCUAGCUGUGUUUCAUUACCUGGACGAUAUCCUGAUAGUAGCAAAUUCAAGCUCAGAAGCCGAGGUUCAUACUGCUCGAGUAAAAGAUUUCUUGCUAGUCCAUGGGUGGAUAAUAAAUCAAGAGAAGAGCAAUCUGAUUCCUACCCAAGUCCUACAGUAUCUAGGGGCUCUUUUUCAAACAGACCGAAAUCUGGUCAGUCUGCCAGUAGAAAGGCAAGACAAGAUGAUCAGGUUAAUAAAACAUUUCAGGAGACCGGAGACAGUAUCUGUGCAACAAUGCCUAAGGGUACUAGGAUCCAUGUCGGCGACCAUUCAAAUAGUGAGAUGGGCAAGAUGGCAUUUAAGGCCCUUACAAAGUUUCCUUUUAAGAAAGGUCAAACAGCCUCACUUACACCUACUGGAAAGAGUAAAAGUACCACAGCAGGUGAAAAAGACCCUGACCUGGUGGUGCAGUCGGGAGAAUCUGGCAAGAGAAAUUCCUUUGGAAGAACCAGAAUGGGUGGUAGUGACCACCGAUGCAUCAAGUGUGGGUUGGGGAGCCCACAUAGGCGAGAAAUUUGUACAAGGCACUUGGAAAGGAAAAGACGUGUCUUCAAAUAUUCUGGAAUUAAGAGCCAUCAAACAAUCCCUUUUUUCUCUGUCUCACCUGUUAAAGGGCGAACAGGUAAAGAUCAUGACCGACAACACGACAGCAGUUGCCUAUAUAGUGAAACAGGGAGGUACCAAAAGUGUGACUCUGAUGGAAGAAGUAAAGCCACUGUUCCAGUGGGCAGAAAGUUGGUUAGAAGGGUUAACCGCAGUACAUCUUCCAGGGAGAGAAAACUGGAAAGCAGACUUCCUCAGCCGGGCAACAAUAGACCCAGGAGAGUGGAGUUUACACAAAGACAUCUUUGGAGAAAUUGUGGAAAGAUGGGGACUACCAGACGUAGAUGCGAUGGCAUCCCUACAAAACAGAAAAUGCCUUCAAUUUUUCUCAAGACUCCCCUGCAAGGAAGCAGUGGCAAUAGAUGGUUUGAGACAGAAUUGGUCAAGAAACUUGAUUUAUGUCUUUCCACCUUUUCCCUUAAUCUGGAGAGUGUUGAAGAAAAUAAAAAGAGACAGAGCGGAAGCUAUCGUAGUAAUUCCCUUCUGGCCCAGAAGACCUUGGUUUCCUCUUCUCUGGAAGUUAGCCAUAGAGGAACCAAUACGGAUUCCGAAUUUUCCAGGUUGGCUGUCGCAGGGAUCAGUUCAGAUUCAAGAGCAAAAUCAUCUGUCCUUGAUGGCCUGGCGGUUGAGAGGGAGAGACUUAAACAUCUCUCUUUGAAGGAUGAAGUCGUUGUUUUUUUACUAAAAUCAAGGAAAACUAGCACUUCUAGUCAGUACUACAAAGUGUGGGAAAAAUUUGUGGAGUUUGUCAAGGAAAAAGAUGGUAUGCCUUUGUUUCCAUCACCCACAAUGAUAGUAGAGUUUUUAUUCUCAGGAUAUGAGAAGAAGUUACAUGUCAGCACACUAAGAGGCCAGGUGUCGGCGAUUUCAGCCCUAACUGGGAAGGCCUGGGCAGAAGAGCCAUUGAUAAAGAGGUUCUUUAACGCCAUGUUGAGGGUUAGACCAAUGAAAAGGAACUGUUUGCCACCAUGGGAUCUUCCUUUUGUGCUGAAGAUCUUAACUGAGACUCCAUUUGAGCCAUUAGAAAGGUCAUCUGUCUGGAAUCUGACAUUGAAGGUGGUAUUCUUAGUGGCAAUAACAUCAGCCUGUAGAGUUGGGGAGAUAUCAGCCUUGGCAGCGUCUGAACCUCAUACGGUGAUUUUUGAAGACAGAGUGGUACUAAAGCCUGCAUUCGGAUUCCUACCGAAGGUGAUCUCGAAGUUCCAUAUGGAUUUGGAGGUAAUUCUGCCCUCCUUUUUCCCAAGUCCGAAGUCUGCACAAGAAAAAGUGUGGCACACACUGGACCUAGUAAGAGCUAUAAGGAUCUAUUUGGAAAGAACAGAAGCUUGGAGAAAGUCAGAGCGAAUGUUCAUAGUUCCUAAUGGAUACAGGAAAGGCCAAGCCCCAUCAAAGAGGACGAUUAGUUCCUGGAUCGUGGCAGCGAUUGCUAAAGCAUAUAAUGUGGCAGGUAGGAGAGUUCCUGAAGGGUUAAAGGCUCAUUCUACCAGGGCAUUGGCAAGUUCCUGGGCGGCACAAGCCAGGGAGUCGCCAGAAAACAUCUGCAAGUCAGCAAGAUGGUCGUCAUUGAAUACAUUUGUAAAGCAUUACAAAUUAGAUGUCUUAUCUUCCCAAGAAGCUAAAUUUGGGAGAAAAGUUUUGCAGUCUGUAGUGUAUUCUACUGAUUAAAGAGUUCUGUUAAAGCAUAUUGUGUCCCGCCCUUUGUCUUGAGCUUUGGAAUUUCCCAUGUGGUGAAUGCUGGCCAUGGUGACUGGGGAAAACAGGAAAUUGUUUAUACGUACCGUAAUUUCUGUUUCCUGGUCACUUUCAUGGCAGCAUUCACCAGGGAGUUUCCCACCCUUAGGGGACAGCUUUUAUACUAAGACGAAGGGGAGAGGAGGAAGCAGAACUUUGAACUAUUAGGGGGAGGUCCUGUCCGCUGGCCAGCAGGGGGAAUUAACCCAUGUGGUGAAUGCUGCCAUGAAAGUGAACAGGAAACAGAAAUUACGGUACGUAUAAACAAUUUCCUGUUUUUAAAUAGAUAGUUUUGAAGCUACAGACCAUAUAAGCUAUGGAUCACUGCUGCUAAAAGGCUCUCACCUCUGCUCUCUGCUGCCUCUCGGCUAGGGUUCGCUAACACAGCUUUCCAUUCUGCCCAUACAGAAAGCGGACACUGAUCUGGUUACUGCACAUGCCUCCCUUCUUCUGCUUUAUUUGCAUUUCACUGAUCCUAUUGGCUAAAUCUUGCCAGCCAAUCCCAUCAAAUAUAUGCAAAUGAAACCGGAAAAGGAAGCAUGCGCACAGUUCGGUGUGAUUUUUUUUUUUUUGUUUGGCUGCCUGCAAAGUCCUGGGGUAGGAAAUCUCCUACAGAGAGCUGAGAGCACAGAAGAGAGAACUUAAGCAUGGCUGAUCUGUGGCUUAUCAGGUCUGUAGCUUCAAAAGGGAACAUUUAAAAUAGAUCAUUUGCAAAAAUGUUUUUUCUCGCAGGGGCUAUUCAAAUGUAGAAUAUGGUCUACGGUGAACAUCCCCUUUAAAGCUAUUGGUAGAUCUUGUUAUUGAAAGCAGUUUCUCUUCCUUGCUGUUUUCUGGACUCACUGCUUGUGAAGUAUUAAAAUAUUCCUCCCUCCUCCAGCCAAAACUAUAAUUCCUCAAUGCCUUUAGUGCUUUUCACAGUUUUAUUAAUGCAAUAGAUUCUGCAACUUCGUUUCAAUACAGUUCAUAGAAGGGAAUAGGACAGACAGACACUGCUUUCAACAGCAAUUAUAUUUUAAAAUUAAUAAAAUUAUUUAAAAUUAGUAAUGAAUGUUUAUUGAGAUUAGAAGUUUAUCAGCCAAUGUUAUUUUUAGGACUCCAAACCUGUCAUUUAAAACUUUUUACUUUCAUUAUAAUUGGCUACUGGAGGCAGUUUCAUGGGAGUCCAUGAAUGAAAUGUAAUUUAAAUUUAAUUGUAGUGCUCCACCAUGGGUAUUUGGAGCCUUUAGUGUGCUUUUCGUCUGCCUUAGUACAUAUUGCAUGAAUAUGAUACUGCUAGGCUAUGCUAAAGGGAUCAACGAUCCAUGCUCACUUUUUAGUAAUUUAAGUGAUCUCUGCUCCAGGUAUUUUAUCUAACACAGGCGUGUCAAAAGUGCGGCCCAUAUUCCAAUUUACACUGGCCCUCAGCCUCCAUCAUGAAAUUAAUAAUAAUGAGGCCCCCCAGCAUAGUGCGAUCAGGAAUCCCAUAGCAGUAAUUUUAAGGCACAUUAGUGAAAU